AAUUCAAUGACCACAUCUGGCAAAAUAUCUCGGCUGAAGGUAGAGAUUUUAUUUCGAAAUUGCUCGUUUAUCUACCAUCUGGUAGAAUGGAUGUUAAAACAGCACUACGUCACCCAUGGUUCCAUCUUUUGGAGCGACGACGUGAUGAUGAAUAUCAAAUUACAACGGAUCGCCUACGCAACUAUCACAAUAUGUAUCGCGAUUGGUAUUCAAAUGCAUCGUGUCGCAAUUAUUAUCGCCGUCGACCUAUUUCCGGUGCUUUUACACAUCCAUCACGAAUGGUAUAUCCACCAGGCGAUUAUUAUACACCAGAACCUACACCAGAACCAGUGCGCGAACCUCGAAAACGUAUUCCAUGGGAAGAUAAAUUAAAUAAAUUCCACCAUCCAGAUUACGAACUUGGUUUGAUUAGUAGUGAAAGUCAUUACCAAUAUGGUCCCGAUACAUAUCUAUUGCAGUUGCGUGAUACCGAUUUCCCAGUGCGUUUGCGUGAAUACAUGAAAGUUGCACAUCGACGUUCACCAGCUUUCGCUCUUAAUGAGUAUGGUGUUGAUUACAGUUUGCCAAUUAUUCGGGAAAGAAGACGCUUUACUGAUAUUAUGGAUGAGGAAAUUGAUGAUGAACGUAAAGCAAGAAUUAAUCGAUAUGGUUCUAACGACAGUUACACAAUUCGCCGUCUUCGUACUGAAUUGGGAACACGAUUGGAUUCGUACAAUGAAGCCGAAGCGAUGAUUGAAUCGAAACGUGAAGGAUAUCCACCAUUCUUCCGAGAAAAGCCACAGCAAUUGGCUAUAACUGACAAUGAGCCAGCUCAAUUGCAAUGUUUUGCUGUGGGUGAUCCAACACCAAAUGUUCAAUGGUUCAAGAACGAUAUGGUGUUACAGGAAACUAAACGUAUUAAGAUUAUCAUUGAUGACGAUGGUCGUUCAAUUGUUCGUUUCCAACCAGCUUCUCAUUACGAUGUUGGAAUUUACAAUGCAAGAGCCCGAAACAAAAUCGGUCAGACUGUUGCAAGAGCACGUGUUGUCCUUGCUGCUUUGCCCGAUGCACCCGAUUCACCAGAAAUAGCAAAAGCUAGUGAUACUGAAAUUUUGCUACGCUGGAAACAACCUCGUGAUGAUGGACACUCGUCUGUCUUGUGCUACAGUCUUCAGUACAAAAAGUCAAGUAGCGACAAUUGGAUCGAUGUCGCCGAUAAUAUCGAUCACGAAUUCUACUUAUUACGUAAUUUAGAUGAGAAGACCAAUUAUCAAUUCAGACUGGCCGCCAGAAAUCGAAUUGGUUGGAGUGGAAUGGGCAUACCAAAAACCGGAACUACAGAUGCUAGCGGUGCACCAAAAAUUCAAAUUACCAAAGCCAUGAAACAUCUCCAACAAUUAACUGAUUCUGGCCAUAAAAUCACCGGUGACAUCGACAGACAUGAAGUUGAUUACAGUUUGGAACGCUAUGCUUUUGACUGGAAAAUGGAGUCUCAUCUACAAGAGAAAUAUAGCUUUAUUUCAGAAAUUGCCCGAGGAAAAUUCUCCAUUGUUGUAAAAGGUGUUGAAAAUGCAACCGAUAAAGUUGUAGUAGCCAAAGUGUUUGAUUUUAAUGCAGCUACAGAAGAGGCUGUCCAAAAUGAAUUUGAAACGUUCAGAACAUUACGACACGAACGAAUCCCCGCAUUAUUGGCUGCUUUUAAAUUACCAAAUCUUCCAGUUGGCAUACUUAUUCAAGAAAAACUACAAGGGGCUGAUGUACUUACAUAUCUUAGUAGUCGUCACGAAUAUAAUGAGCAACAUGUUUGUACAAUCAUCACUCAAAUACUGGACGCACUGCAAUAUUUGCACUGGCGUGGCUAUUGUCACUUGGACAUUCAACCAGAUAAUAUUGUUAUGGCAUCGGUCCGUUCUGUUCAAAUCAAAUUAGUUGAUUUUGGAGCAGCUCAUAAAAUAUCAAAAGUUGGAACCGAGGUACGAGUGCCAAAGAACGUAUGGUUGGAUACAGCCGCGCCAGAAAUUAUUAACAACGAACCAGCAUUCCCACAAACUGACAUCUGGUCUGUGGGUGUACUUGCUUAUGUUUUACUCUCGGGCACGAGUCCAUUCCGUGGAUCGACACACGAUGAAACCAAACAAAAUAUAUCAUUUGUUAGAUAUCGCUUUGAUAAUUUGUAUAAGGAAAUAACGCAAGAAGCAACCCGAUUCAUUAUGUUCGUCUUCAAGCGCGCACCAAACAAACGUCCAUAUUCUGAAGAAUGUCACGAACACCGGUGGUUAGUCUCCUCGGAUUACAUGAUAAAGAAAAGAGAACGAGCUGUAUUUUUAGGAAAUCGUUUGAAAGAAUUCUCUGAGGAUUAUCAUGCGAAAAAAUCACUUGAUGCAACUGUAUCAGAAAAUGUUGCAGGCUCAAUAAUUGGCGGUCGCACGCUCAUGAGAUCAAAUAGUAUACAAGAUGAAUUGCUAACCACAUUCUGAUUUACAUAAUUUUAUUAAUAACCAAAACCAAUUAUAAUUAAAUCAAAUCAUCACACAAACAAAUGCGCUAUACAUUUUUUUGUUACAGCCAUAUUUAAACGUUUUAAUUCUUUUCCUGUGAAAAUAUGGAACAAAUAGUUGAAUAAAAUGCUAUAUAUUAUUAAAUUGUA